UAACGUUUUCAUCCCAACUCAGAAUGCAGACUCCAUGGUUUCUGCCUCACAUGGUUGUUCUUUUCGCCAUGCUGGCGGCAGUAAGUAGUGCUUCAAUCAACCGACAACCCUCGUGGAUGGAUGAAUUCCUUUUAAACGAACUUUCUGGUGGAGAAACAGAAAUGAUAGCGAGAAAGCGAGCUGGUGAAGAGGCUAUGCAGCCCCCAGUAAAGCCACCGGCUUUUAGCAAUCCUGAAGCCCUCCGAAACUACAUCAGAAAAGUAAAUGAGUAUUUUGCGCUUAUUGGACGACCUAGGUUCGGGUGA